AUGGGCUACGAGGCCGCCGUGAGGAGCACGCACGGCUACCACGUGAACUGCUACAGCUACUACGUGCCGCACAUCUUCACGCGCGCCAUCGUCGCGGCCGGCGGCUGCGCGUCCGUGCUGGCCAUGUCGCUGGCUCCCGGGGACUGGCUGGCCAACUUCGCGGCGGAGCUCCGCCGGGUCGACGACCUCCUGGACCUCGACCGGUCGGCAGCCAACCGCGCGACCGCACUGUACGCCUCCGCCUCGUUCGCGCUCCUGCUGCUUCCUUACCUCGCCUGCGUAGUGUGGGACGUGUUAUCUGACAGCGACUUCAACGCCAUGACAGUAGCCGUCAUCAUAGUGAUCAUCGUGGCGUAUGAACAGUUUUUCAUCCUCGGUCUGGUCAUCAGGUACCGACUGCGGAUGCUCACCAAAGCUGUCGAGCUCUCGUUCCGCAGUGAACUGGAGACCUUCAGCGUGCUGGACAGAACGAAGGUCAGUGGCCGACGACACUUCUCAGUUUCAAGGCCGAAUUCUCUGAAGCAAACUACGUCGUCUCCGUCUUGUGAAUACCUGUUAAUGAUAAAAAUAGCUCACAUGAAACUGAGGAAACUGGCGAGCUCUUUGAAUGACAAGUACGCUGUGCCCAUAACGGCAAUGACAGUGCAGGCGUUCGUAAUGACUGUGCAGGUCAUUUUCAGCAUUCUGGUGAUCCUCCUAGAUGAGGAUAAAGACAAUGACAAGGAAAUCUUCGCAGAUGUAUCAUACUUGGUAAUGAACAUAAUUAGCAUGUACAGUCUCACAUGCUGCUGUGAGUCUAUUGCUUCACAAGCGAGAAGAACGGUAGAGCUGACUGAACAUUUGAUUCUGGCGAACGAAACAGUGGGAGGCAGUGAGGCGGUUACCCACGAGCUGUCCAGGCUGUCCAGACAGGUGCGCCACAGCCCCAUCUCGUUCAGCGCCUGGUCGCUGUUCAGCAUUCACGCCACGCUGCUGACCGCCUUCACCUCCUACGUGGCCACCUACACCAUCAUCCUGCUGCAGUUCGCUGUGGCCAACACGGGCUGCCCCACCGCCGGUCCCGUCACUGCUGCCAUUAAUGAGACUACCUCACCUAUGCCGUCAAACGUUCUGUAA